AUGGCAACCCCGACACCUCCUAAGCUAAACCAUGUCUUCCAUCUCCGAGGCCACAUGGGCGCCGACACUAUCAAAGCUGGACAGCAUCGCUCCGGUCCCCAUCGCCAUAUUACCGCGCUCGAAGGUGGCUUCCUCCGCGGCAUCCCGGGAACGAGAGGAGAGGGACUCGACGCAACUCUCGUCGUUGGUGGCAGUGACUGGAUCUUGUUUGACGAGACCACCAACACCGCUCACUUGGACGUGCGUACCCAGGGGCGCACCAAGACCGGGGAGUGUGUCUAUGUUCACUAUAACGGGUAUCUACGGCUGGACGAGGCGGCGGAGAAGUUCAUGGCAUGGAGCCCGGAUGCAAAGACCACGGAGUUUGGCGACCAUCACUGGUGGAGUGCGCCAAAUAUUGAGACCAGUGAUCCGAAGUUCACAUGGGUGUCCACGACGCAGUUCGUAGGCAGGGGACGAUGGUUCAGAGAGGGGAAUGUCCAGGCGGUGGAGUACGAGAUUUAUGAGGUGGUUCAUUGA